AUGCUCAUUGCUCGGCUGAAGGGUCAACUGGCAAGGGAAAGGGAUUCAAUCAGCAGCUCAACAGAUCAAAGCCAGGCAAAUCAGCUGAAACGUCUUGACAUCAAGCCAUUCGAUGGGAAACCGGAGGAAUGGAAGGAGUUCAGUGACCUUUUCUUGUCACUGGUGGGAAAUGUCACGUCAAUUCCACCAGUACAGAAAUUGGUGAGACUUAAGGGAUGCCUGAGAGGUCCAGCAGCAGCUCUCCUCUCCACCUUUCAGGCCAAGGACGAAAACUACGACAAGGCUUGGCAGAAACUCACCAGGAAGUACGAAGACCCUAGACUCGUCGCUCAGUCGUUAUUCAACAGGAUCCUGACGCUGCCGAAAAUCACCCAAGCAACAGAAGAGAACCUCAGCGCCAACGGAGCAGCAGCAUUGGAGACCCUAGAUCAAUUACAAGACGUGACGGGGCUGACGACAGACAACAUCGCUGAACAGCUGAUAGCCCAUCUACUGAGGAGAUCUCUUGAUGCAGAGACACUCAAGCAAUGGGAACUAAAGCUGGGAGACUCAAAGGAUUUCCCGAGCCUUAAGGAGUUCGUGGCGUUCAUCGAGGCCUGCGGCAGAGGGAUCAACGCAGGUGCCAAGCUGCUAUCAUCAAAGGAACUCAACGCAGCUACGAAGAAGUCAGCUCCUAUAAAGAAAAGGAGCACCUAUACGGCAGCAACUCAACAGCAGGAAAUUAAGGAGCCAGAAAGACAACUUCCUAGGAACUGCUGUGCUUACUGUCAGGACAAGCAUUUUAUCGCAUCCUGUCAGAAGUUCAUCGAGCUCACCCCAGCGAAGAGAAACGACGUCGUUAUCAACAAGGGGCUGUGCUUCAACUGCUUGGGGCCACACACGAAGGCGAAGUGCACGUCGGAAAAGAAGUGCCACAAAUGUAGCAGAUAUCACCACACUCUCAUCCAUGGAGGGAGUUCAUGGACGAUGAGCCCGCCUCCAGCCAGACGCACUCAAGCUGAACCCGUCCAGACUGCUGGAACAUCCAGGCAGCAAGAAGAUCACGGGAACAUUUUCUUCAUAGUUUCAGUCACUCUACAACCGAACAGUGGGACUCAUCAACUGCAACUCAACGCCCACAUUCUAAAGAAGCUCACCACAAUAAUUCCGUCAUUUUCAUGCUCAUCAGCGAGGAUCGGCUCACUUCAGAAUCUUCAGCUAGCCGAUCCCCAUUAUCUAAGGCCUGGACCAAUCGACAUCAUACUAGGGGCUGACAACUAUGGGCGGAUCAUCAUGGAUGACGUUGUCAAGUCAGAGCAAUCGAGAGUAGUUGGCCAACGCACAGUAUUCGGUUGGAUAUUAUCCGGACCAAUCGAAUGCACAAAUUGUUCAAUAAAGGUAUCUCUAUCAGCUGUACGGGAAUCUUCGAAUGAACAACUUCUAGAGCUUCUCCAGAAAUUUUGGGUCCAGGAAGAACUGCCAAACGAGAGAUCAUCAACAUCAGAGCUUUCACCAGAUGAGUACGAGUGCGAGAUGCACUUUAGAGCAACUCAUAGCAGAGACAACACCGGGCGAUACAUCGUGAGACUGCCCCUCAAAACUUCAGCAGCAGCGCUCGGAGAAUCGAAAUUCAAAGCAGCACGUCAACUCAAAUCGAUCGUGAGUCGACUCAACACAGAUCAAGCAUACUCCCAGUUGUACAGAGAGUUCAUCAACGAGUACGCAGCACUGGGACACAUGAGAAUAGCACCAGAGACUCCAGAACCCGUGCCAGCUUACUAUCUACCACAUCACGGGAACGAUACAAUGGUUAUCCUGACUUGGAUGAGAAGGCACAGGCUCGUGUUUGACACGGAUAUUGUAAAGAUGUUCCGCCAAAUACGAGUUCACCAAGAUGACUGGGAUCUUCAGAGAAUCCUGUGGAUCGACGAGAAUCAACAACCAGUCACCUACCAGUUAACGACAGUCACCUAUGGACUAAAUUGCUCUCCAUGGUUGUCGUUAAGUGUUCUUCAACAACUAGCAGAAGAUGAAGGGUACCGCUUCCCAGCAGCAGUAGAGACACUCACCAGAGGUCGUUACGUUGACGACAUUUACGGCGGUGCAGAAACAGAAGACGGUCUCAAGGAGAUCGCAACGCAACUACAAGGGCUUUGCCAUGCAGGAGGCUUCUCUCUACAGAAGUGGAGCAGCAAUUGUCCAGAAGCUCUGCAUGAGUUGGGCCUAUCAACUGACGAAGAAAUUAUCCAGUUCGAGGAGUCAGUCACCAAGGUGCUUGGAUUGUGUUGGCAUCAAUCCACCGACACAUUCCGGUACAAAUCAAAGGAUUUCAAUCCGGCGACAAUCACCAAGAGAGUAGUCUCUUCAGAAAUAGCCCAGAUUUUUGAUCCACUGGGAUUUAUCGCACCAGUUGUCGUCCAGGGAAAGAUUCUCCUACAAGAUCUUUGGAGAUUGAAACUAAAAUGGGAUGAUCCUCUUCCAGAUGAGUACGUUCAACGCUGGAAGACAUUCCGAGAGAAUCUCAACGACCUAGACCGAGUAACUGUACCCAGAUGGCUGAGAAUUUCAACAGAGACACUCAACAUCCAAAUACAUGGAUUUGCAGACGCUUCAACGGUAGCCAUGAGUGCAGUGGUGUAUAUUCGCACCAAAACCAUCAACGACUCGACAUCAACAGUACUGGUAUGCGCGAAGACUAAGGUAGCACCACUCAAGCGCAUGACCAUCCCUCGACUAGAGCUCACAGCAGCUCUUCUACUGACUCAGCUAGUGGCAUCAACGAAGAAAAUGCUCCAACUCGACCAGGUAGACACCUAUCUCUGGUCUGAUUCUUCAGUAGCACUAGCUUGGAUCAGGAGCCACGCAUCAAGAUGGAAGGACUUCGUCCACAACAGGGUCGUCAAGAUCCAGGAAACUCUCCCGAAUGCUACCUGGAGACAUGUCAGUGGAAAGGAGAAUCCAGCUGAUUGUGCCUCCAGAGGCAUAUCACCGAGCCAGCUAGAAGAUCAUCAACUGUGGUGGUCAGGACCUGAGUGGAUCAAUCAGGAUCCUGAAGAAUGGCCACAAUCAUCAAUCGACGCUCCAGCAAUGGACAUCCCAGAAGUGGCCAGAGAAGCAAAACCAGCACCAGCACAUCCAGUUGCAAUUAAAAUCAACGAAAUUGCAGAGCUACUCAACAGAUAUCAGACGAUGGCUAAAUUGCUAGCCGUAACAGCUACGAUAACCCAACAUCAAUACUUUGGGCCAGCCAUUCGAGUACUCCAGAGAAAUCACCAACUACCGAGAAAUCAUCAACUAGCCAAGCUGACACCCACACUAGACAACGAAAGGAUCAUGAGACUUGGGGGACGCCUCAAGAACUCGCAGUUAAAUCCAGACGAAAUUCACCCAAUAAUCUUGCCUCGCCAAUCACGCCUCACCACACUAGUCAUCGAAGAAGCUCACCGGAAAACACUCCACGGAGGAACUCAACUCACCUUGGCCUAUACCCGACAAAGGUACUGGAUAAUCGGCGGCAGAGGCACAGUUAGAGCAUAUAUUCAACGCUGUGCCAUCUGCACCAGACACCGAGGAAGACAGGCCCAGCAACAGAUGGGUCAACUACCAGCAACGAGAAUCUCACCAGCAAGAGCAUUUCUCCACACAGGGGUGGACUAUGCAGGACCAUUCGCCAUCCUCAAAUGGAGACCAACGAAUGCACAACCAGGUGACAAUGCCACUACCUUCGUGGGCGCAGCAGAGGUCCUAGAGAAAAUCUACCACCGAACAUCCAGAGAAAAUCAGCAGGUUCAGGCUGCUCUCGCCACCAAUGGGACUCAAUGGAGCUUUUCACCACCACGAGCACCCCAUUUUGGAGGCAAGUGGGAAGCAGCGGUGAAAUCAACAAAAUAUCACCUUAGAAGAGUCUUGGGGACAACAACACUCACAUUUGAGGAACUCAACAGUGUCGUGAUCCAGAUAGAGGCCUGCCUAAAUUCCAGGCCAAUCUGUCCCAUGUCAGAUGACCCAGACGAUCUCCAAGUACUCACCCCAGGACACUUCCUGAUAGGUGAGCCUCUUCAACUGAUUCCAGAGCCAUCAAUCAUCGACAAGAACCCCAGCAAACUGCAGAGAUGGAACCUGGUAACGCAGCUAACUCAACAAUUCUGGUCCAGGUGGGCCAAAGAGUGUCUUCAACGAUAUCAGGCAAUCUACAAGUGGACGCAUCGAGAAGAGAACAUCAAGGUUGGCGACAUGGUGCUGAUGAUCGACGAAAACUAUCCACCAGCACAAUGGCCAAUCGGACGAGUCAUUGCGACACGCCCAGGAGCAGAUGGGCUAACGAGAGUCGCAACUAUAAGAACCGCAAAGGCAGAGGUACCAAGGCAGGCAGAUGGAUCACCAAUCAUAGAAAACAUCAGAACAAUCUACACAGAGCUUGACAGACCAAUCACCAAGCUUUGCCUACUGCCAUCAGAUCCACCACCUCCAGAGCAACCUCCAGACGAUGAUGCAGAAGAUCAACAGGACUAA